UCUUCCUACACUCUUUCUCUCCUUUUAUCUCUACACUCCCAAAUUUAAUUGCACAUUUUUUAGUAAACGCCUCCUUGUUUGCUCAUAAUAGACUCAUUUUCUUUUUAACUUCACUUUCUCAAACACCACUACUCCCUCUCCUUUUUUGAGAGAACCCAAAUCAUAGGAAACCAAAACACACUUAUAAAUCAUUUUGAUUAAUCUUAUAUUUGUUUCCAUUUUUAUCUCUGAUUUUGUAAACCCAUCAAGUUUUUUUCAUGACACUAUACUGGGGGAGUCGUAACUGAUCUCUGCUUCUUCAUAAGUUGGGUGUUCAGAAAGUUUAGUAAUCAUGGGAUCCCAGAGACCAUCAUCAUCAUCAUCAUCAUCAUCAAUACCAUCAUCAGAAAAAUCGAGAGCUAAAUUCAUUCUCUUUUAUAUAUUCCUACUCUGCGUUGUCCUCUAUGUGUUGACCACUUCCAUACCCCCUUCCUCACUUUCUUCUCCAUAUUUUAGGAACUCUAAUUCUGGGAAACUAGGGCACUUCUAUGCACAGGAGGAGGAAGGCAAGAGUACACUUGUGAUAAAGAAGAUGAGGAGGAUCGGUGACUGGAGCAAAGAGGCGGAGCUACGGAGGAUUUUAAGGGGAUUGGGGUCAUCUCCGCCACGGUGCACCUCCAAGUGUGAAGGAUGCACGCCGUGCAAGCCUGUGCACGUCCCGGUGCCUUCGGGCACUCCUGUCACCGCUGAGUACUACCCUGAAGCUUGGAGAUGCAAGUGCGGCAACAAGUUGUACAUGCCAUGAUCUUUUAUAUACGAUAUAUAUACUCACAUAAUAUACGUUAUAUAUAUAUGAUUUAUAUGCAGGUUCAUGAUCAUAUGUAAUGUCUCUACUCAAAUAUUUAUUAUAUAUUAAACAUGCUUCUAGGACAAACCCCAAC